UAACGAUUUUUGUAUUCUUAUUCCUAAUAUUGCAUUUGGUUGUAGAGUUGUGGAAAUAAACAGGCAUCUGCUGAAAACAGAAAUUUAACUGAUAGGAAACGCAUUGUUUUUGUAGAUGUCUUUAUUCUGUCAGGGGCCACAAACGUAUUUGCUACUGUACAUUAAAAAGCCCAGAUAUGAAGAAGACAUUCGUCUCUUUUUCACGUUUUAUUUAUAACUAGGUUGGUCAAAUUCAGAGGAACACAUUAAAAACUAAUAUUAGAAUGUUCUAUGUAUUUAUACAAUGUAUUAUUUAGUCUAUAUUAGCAACUCAAUUCCAUGCUGCAUUUUACCUGUCACGCAACGCUGCAACAUCAUCAUCACCAUGAUCAUUAUCUUAUAUUAUAAUAGUGACGAAUGAGGUGGGAGAAUCAGCCAGCUUUCGCUCACACACCCCAGAGUGUCUCAAAGCAGCAGAACAGCCAACUGCAUACACACCAUUGUGCACUUAAUGAGCUCUCAAACCAUUGUGGAACAAGCUUGGAGUCUCUUAGUUCCAGUGGCUCGAUCACAGAGCAGAGUGCACGGAGCCCAAGUGUCCAACACCGAACCAGACCGUUUUCAGUCCUCCACGAGGCAGCGAGAAGCCCAGCCCUGGAUUCAAUACUUUUAAUCAAUGGACAGAGCCCUCUCAACGGCCAACCGAGGUACCGACACGCCAUAAGCAGUCCUUAUCCUCUGGCUGGUGUUCCCCCUGUAGUGUGGAGGGGGAUGGAGCGUGGUGGAGGAGAGAGUCCUCGACUGCGGGACAGUCCCGAGCGACGUGGGAGCAGCAGCCCUGAUAUCGGCUGCCCUCCACAAAAGCUGGGCCGUCUAGAGCUCAACGGCAGCCCCACUGGUCACCGCAGUCGUCACAACGGGGCCCCACAAAGACCUCUUAGCGGUUUGAUGAUUCCUGUCUUCUGCGUGGUGGAGCAGAUGGAUGGAGGGAUGAUUUCCGAUGGAGAGAGCCGAGAGGAACAUGCUGAGUUUGUGCUGGUCAGGAAGGACAUCCUCUUCACUCAACUGGUGGAGACUGCUCUCCUCGCCCUCGGCUACUCUCACAGUUCUGCAGCCCAGGCUCAUGGCAUCAUUAAGGUGGGCCGCUGGAACCCCCUGCCCAUCCAUUACCUGACAGAUGCUCCAGAGGCAACAGUAGCCGAUAUGCUGCUGGACGUUUACCACAUGGUGACACUGCGCAUCCAGCUACAAAGCUUUGCUAAACUGGAGGAUCUUCCGUCUGAGCAGUGGAACCACGCAACAGUACGCAACGCCCUCAAAGAACUUCUCAAAGAGAUGAACCAGAGCACACUGGCCAAAGAGUGUCCACUUUCACAGAGUAUGAUCUCCUCGAUAGUCAAUAGCUCCUACUAUGCUAAUGUCUCAACUGCCAAGUGCCAAGAGUUUGGUCGCUGGUACAAGAAGUACAAAAAAAUUAAAGGCGAUUAUUUGUGGCAAGGACGGGAGGGCUCAGAAAUCAAGGUUGAACGGGACAAUAUCGCAGACUUCUGUGUAUUAGCCCAGCGUCCACCUCCUCACCUCACUGCACUGGGACAACUCGGCCCAUUGAACAGCGCUGGCUCCCUGGUAAAAGGCAACUCAGGAGAACCUCAGAAUUCAGCUCAGUCUCAGCCUCCACCUCAAGGGCAGCCACAACCCCCAUCAUCUCUUGGGCAGCUCCAUCACAGUCCUCCACUAAGGGCACAGGUGCCUCCUCCACCUCCUCCUGCCGCCCUGCAGCCUCUUUUGGCACCUGGAGGACUUCUCUCACCCCAGCUCAGUCCACAGCUGGUCCGGCAGCAGUUGGCCAUGGCUCAUCUUAUCAACCAGCAGCUGGCCGUCAGCCGCCUCCUGCAUCAGCACCCACAGGCUCUUAACCAGCAGUUUCUCAAUCACCCACCCAUUCCUCGGCCUAGCAAGUCUGGGGGCCCUGGAGAGCCCGGCUCCAACCCCUCGGCUGCAGAAGUGUCCUCUGAUAUAUACCAACUAGUGCGAGAUGAGCUGAAAAGGGCCAGUGUCUCACAGGCAGUGUUUGCUCGAGUUGCCUUCAACCGUACACAGGGCCUGUUAUCAGAGAUAUUGCGAAAAGAAGAGGACCCGCGUUCAGCCUCUCAGUCUUUGCUGGUGAACCUCAAAGCAAUGCAGAACUUCCUGAACUUACCUGAGAGUGAGAGGGACCGCAUUUAUCAGGAAGAGCGAGAACGCAGUAUGAACCCCCCUGUGAGUCUGCCUCCAAGCACAAACCCCAGUCCUGGGGCCGUCCGCCUCUCUCAGAAGGUGUGGGAGCGCAGCAUCGAUGAACAGUUAACCCCUGAUGCGUGGGCAUCUAUUUGGAAGAAUAAGACCAAAAUCACAAACUCGUGCAAGACUCCUAACCCUGACCUUCCUGUGAAACUGGAACCACUGGUCAACAUCACCUCAGCCAUCUAUGACGAAAUCCAGCAGGAGAUGAAACGGGCCAAAGUGUCUCAGGCGCUUUUCGCCAAGGUGGCAGCCAACAAGAGUCAGGGAUGGCUGUGUGAGCUGCUUCGCUGGAAAGAGAGUCCCAGCCCAGAGAACAGGACACUCUGGGAGAACCUGUGCACUAUCCGUAGGUUUCUGAGCCUUCCACAGACAGACAGGGACAUGGUGUACGAGGAAGAGUCCCGUCAUCACCACAGCGAACGGCUGCACACUGUACUACACCUGCCCACUGACCCUCAGGCACUUCACAGACAGCCCAUGCAGCCACUGAAGGACCACUCUCCUAUUCGAGAAGACCCUAUUCCCAGUUCUGGAGCUGAAGAGAACCCUCAGGCCAACACAGGUUCUGGAAACAAUGGACCGGUUGUCAGUGUCACCAAAAAACCUCGCUCUCGCACCAAGAUCUCUCUGGAAGCUCUUGGCAUCUUACAGAGCUUUAUCCAGGAUGUGGGUCUAUACCCUGACCAGGAAGCCAUACACACUCUGUCAGCCCAACUGGAUCUGCCCAAACAUACCAUUGUUAAGUUCUUUCAGAACCAACGUUAUCAUGUGAAGCAUCAUGGACGACUGAAGGAGCUCGGAUCGGAGGGCGGCGGUGUAGACGUGGCUGAGUAUCGAGACGAGGAGCUGCUUUCCAGUUCAGAGGAUGCAGAGUCCAGUGAAGAUGGUCACGAGGAGAUCUACAGUGGGCAUGAGAGUGCCCCGGCUGGAGCAGCCAACUCUGUCUCAACUCCAGCUCUUUCUUCUGUCCAAGAUGAAAAUAAAGACAAAUGCUUGCCUCUGGGAACAGUCAGACCCAACUCUCUGCCCCCAUGCAGUUCAUCCUCAAGUCCCAGAGAUCAAGCAGACUAUCAGAGAUAAACCAGCCUCAGCAAAGACUAUACUGUAGGUAGGGAAAGGCAAAGAGUGAGCACUUACAUCAGUUAUGCAGUGGAGAAGAGAGUGUUGUGGACAGCUUAGAAACUUACUGGCAAAGACGCAGUGUCUUUUUAAGACCUGCUAAAGGCAAACAGAACCAGACAAGAUUUGCAUUUUGAUUAAGGGGACUCUUGGCCUCAUACCUCACAAGUUACUUACAGGGACAAGGUGGUACAUAAGCAAUCCCUACAGGGUAAUACCUGCGUUUGGUUGACUGGAAAGCUUUAAUUCCUUAUAUGUAAAUUGUUGAAUUAAAGCUGGUUUCAAGAUGGCUGCCUCAACCCCAAGAUAUCACGAGCAUUCAAACAUGCACGCUAGGAAUGUCAAGAAGGCCAGUCUUUCACCAAGAUUUUGAUUUAUUAUCUGAUAACAGAGGGUUUCUUUAAAGAUACCACUAUCCAUGCCCCCUCUACACAUCUACAGGGUUAAAAUAGCAGGGACAGAGCUUUAGAUGAGCCAUUAAUCUCUUAUAGGUCACCAAUAACUUAAUUCCUGUCUGAUCAGGGAACCUAGUGGAUGGCUGUGGCUGUCCUCAUUUUCCCCUCCAUGAUGGGGCGUAUUGAUGGUCGCCAAUAGAGGGUCGUGCUUGACUGCUAAAGUAGUCGGGUGGGUUGGAGGUACAUAUGAGCUUCUGGGUGUACACAUCAGCCCAGCCCAGGAACCCUACUAUAAACACAUGCGGUGUGCUGAAAGGUCCACAGUUAACCCAAUGGCGCUUUUGAAGACCGCGCCAUCUCUCCCACAACCAGCCACAACCAUCAUUCCAAGCAGUCCCACGCGAUUCAAGAAAUCACUCCUUUCCCCCCACCACCCAUGCACACCCAACACAGACUGUGCACAACAUAAUGAUCCCUCAGUCCUGUCCAGUGGUUGAAGGUUUGCUUUAUACAGAUAUAUUUAGGCCUUGGGUUUGUUCCGGUUUUGCUCUCUUAAAAGACUGUAAGAAUAAAGUAUAAUUGGCUGGAGGACUGACUGCUAUGGACAGAAGGACAAUAGUGAGGGUGCAGUCUAACUGCAUCUGCCUCUAACCUAAUGGAGAAAAGCAAACAAACAACUGCAAUUGUGUGGAAGUGCGGUCGUCUUUUUCUUCCGUCACCCCCACAGCUCUCUCUUUUACUGACUGAUGCCCACAAUGUCCUAAUUUGACCACACGUAGCCACACCCAACUCCACAGCACUAUUUAUUGCUAUCUCACCCUCAAUUAUUAUUGUUGUUAUUGUUAUUAUUGUUAUUAUGGUUGUUCUUGCUGUUAUUUUUAGUUCUAUUUUCACGGUCUAAUAUCAGAUUUUGACUCGCAGCAGAUGUUUUGGUAACGAGAGACGUUGUGAAAGAAAGAAACACUGCCAAAACAUAGAGAAAGGAAUUAGAAGCAGUUACUGAAGUUACUGAGUGAAUCAUGUGAGAUAUAUAAAUAUAUAUAUAUAUACUGCCAAUUCUAUCAGCAUUAUGUACUUUUCCAAAGAGAACAGCACUUGGCAGAUGAGGCGUUGAAUAUUAAAACAACAGAAUUAAAAGAAUCAUUGGAAUUUGUAUGAUCUUUUGUGCAUAAGAUGACAAUCCUUCUUUUGAGCCAAUCAGAACUCGGCAAGCAUGAACUCUGCAUUCUGAUUGAAUUAUGACUUUGAUCAGCGUAACUUGAUGCAACAUUACACCUGUUGCAAAUCAUCCAUGAUACCGUGGCAACACUUGGAUCCAGGGUUCUGAUUUGUUUUUGAGAAUCAGCUGCUACUUGCUCUUUCACAGAUAAAUAGACAAAGUAUUGUUGUUAACCUUAUGCUAACCCUUAAACUAUUUUGUUUCAAACCAGUGAUAAUUGUGGUCUAUGUCCAUGUUUUGUCUUUUACAAAUAGAGAUGUUUUAUGUAGGAUCUUUAACGUGCAAAAUGCUGAUGUGGUUCUUGCCAUUACUUUGAGCAUCCUGACUCUUUCACAUAGACACAGUGUCCACACUCGCACAUGCCUAGAAGUAAUGCAAUCCAGCAGAACAUUAGUUAGAAAUGGAUAUGCACAUAUUUUUCUGGUAAAGUAUAGAAGAUGGUAUCCCGAUCACAAAGAUAAACUUCUCACUGUGUCUGAUAGGUUGUAUUGUAGGUUACCUUGAGAAAUGGUUCUCCGCUGCGCUGAUGAUUUGUACCUGGAUAAGAUUUGCAUGCAACAUUCAGUUCUUCUAAUCAAGCAAAGAGCAGAGUAAGGCCUCAAAGACUAAGCCGUCUAACAUAAAUUACAGGACUGAUAAGAAUUCAUGGUGAUACAUGAGCAUGGUGUGCUUUAUACCUACCAAUAUUUGAUGGCCUCAGACUAUGUCGUGAUUCUCUGCUGCUCAUCUCUCUUUUAUUUUCUGUCCAGUUCACCUGUCUGCAUCAUCUUGUCCAUUCAACCCCAUUCUUGGCUUUUUGUCUGAUUGUUCCCUGGUCUGAUUUUCCCAGAUCUGAACUUUAUGUUCAGCCAUAGGUGAUUAUAGACCUUAAGAACCUACCAAGGCCCCCUCCAGAAAAACUUAAAUUACUGUCAACAACCUUGGAAAUGUGUCAUUAUGUGAUUUUUUUCUUUUCAGUCUAGUCUCUUACCACUCAUUAAAACCUUUAGAGUCAGUUACAUAUAAGUAUUGCCUUCCCCUCUAAGUGGUCAAAAAUACUUUGUCUUCUGUAUUUAAAAUGGAGCAAGUUGCUCAUCAUAUGUUCCAUUUGAUAAGAGCCACAGAGUGACAAGGAACACAAUCUUCACUUUAAAAUCUCGGAUGCCUGCAGGGUUUGCAAAAGGUCUUUAAUAACACGGUAGUGAUUGCCUGCUUGAUCUACACCUUACUUAAGCCUGUCAAUCAUGUCACUUUCGGAGCCCUGCACCACCCCUUUCGUUAUACUCUAAGCAUCUUCUCCAAAUCCCUCCACCCUGCCGAGCCUAGAUCAGCUGGAGACAAGCACUUCUGAUGAGUCCGUCCCUAUACACCUCCCAAAUUACCCUCAUAAAUGAUGAGAGCAUGUGCACACAUGUGUCUGUGUGUCCUAGACUGGUGUUUAACCUACCAUGGGGGUGGCUUACCGCUCAGCAGGAGCGAACAACUACUCUCUUCUUCUCCUCCAUCACCUCCUCCUCUCCGUCUUUGUCAGAGUUAGUGGUGAGAGUGAUGCCGAAAAGAAAACAAAGAAGAUUCCAAGAGUCCCUGAUGAGCACUAGGUCAAGGUCGAUGGCCAAUUAUCCAAGUCUUUCAUUCUCAUUCUGUCUUUUCAGUUCUCCGUACCAUCCCUCUGUUCCCUCAUUUUCUCGUUCACCAGCCGGGAAAGUAAUCGUCGUCUCCCAUGCUGUGGUGUCGAGGUUAAGUGCAGGUGAUGAUGCCUUGUUGAGAGGGUAGUUCCCCGAGAGGAUGCAGACUCUUGGAGUGGCAUGUCUGAAAUGUGCUUAAGACAAAGACUUGGUUGGACUCGUUUGUUCAAUAUCUGGUUAGCCACUUUUGGAUUAUAUUGACUUUAAAAGUUUCGGUUGAAAAAACUGAAGGCUUCCGAGGCUGCUACCCAUAUUAUUUACUCUUGGGCUGUCUAAUCCUGCCACUGGCUGGCCAACACACUUGUCUGGAAGAUGUCUAGUGAGUCUUGAUUUGUUUGGUUAGAGAUCAAAUCUGUAGGUCAGUGGCCCUACAGGAUUUAGACUAUAUGAAAUAACACUCUCAUAGUAUUUGAUCACUAGGAUUUGAAAAUUCCAGGUACUUACAAGAUGUCACAGGAAGGAACUGCAUCAAGGAUGUUCUUGCUCAUAUUGCUAAUGCUUUCAUUUAUCUUACAGUGCCUCUGAACUAAGCACAAUGCUCCAGUUCUUUGCUUCGGAGAUGACAAAAUUAAAUGAUCUCAUAAUUUCCAUCAUUGUUUUCAUUGUUUUGUACUCAUAAACGCCUACAAUGUGAAUCAGGAUUGCCACUCCUGAAUUGGUACUUUCCUUGUCAAUCGAAUGCAUUGUCAUUAUCACUAAGUGAUAAUUAACUUAUGUGCAUCAUUUGGCUUUUUUGUUUGUAUGACAAUGUUUUGUUUUUUGAUUUUGUUUUUCAAAUGCUGUUGUUUAAAUAAAGUGCAUU